AACAGAGACUUUCCCUUUCUCUUUUAUUCAAUCACAAAGAAAUUCAUUACCCAAAAUUUUCAUAUCCUUUCAAAAUCUCAAUUUCCCAAUUUACAGGAAAAAUUGUCUUUAAAUCGCACCAAAAUUCCUUUUUUUUUUUUACUUAUUUCCAUUUUUCAAUCAUGAAAAUUUCGCUUUUAUAUAUUUGGUUCAAAUCCAAUGGCGUCUAAUUUGUUCCCAUUUAAAGAUUGAUCGUCAAUUAAUUAGGGUUUUUGAAGAAAAGAAUAAAUUGUUUUUAUUUUUAUUUUUUUUAAAUAUGGAGAAAAACAAAUCUUUCAAAUACUACUCUCAAGAGCCCGAUUCACCUCAUCCAUGGAACACCGAUUUCGGAUUCGCCAACGCAAGCGAUCGGCGUUACGCAUUUUCGAGGCAACCGUCGUUUCACCAACCGCAGAGAGAUCCCAUAACACCGAUGACUCCGAACUUUUCCAACGAUUGCAUGAAGCCUUUUCUAUCGAGGAAUGUUUCAAGCAUCGAUAUACCCCCAGGGUUUUAUUCUUAUGACCAAGUAAAGGAAGGAUCCUUCGAAGCCAAAGGAUCCGCAGCGGAGGAUAAAUUCUCGGUUUUGGAAUCGGUUUUGCGGGUUUUUCGGGUUUUGAGAACCGGUAACCGGCAAAUGAAGAGGUUGCUGAUUAUGAUUUCGCUUAAUGUGGCGUAUUCUACUGCUGAGUUGGUGAUUGGGCUCUUUACUGGCCGUAUUGGUUUGGUAUCCGAUGCAUUUCAUUUGACGUUUGGCUGUGGUCUCUUGACGUUUUCAUUGUUUGCGAUGGCUGCUUCUCGAAGAAAGCCUGAUCAUAUUUAUACUUAUGGGUACCAAAGACUUGAAGAAUUGUCUGCUUUCACCAAUGCUCUGUUUCUAUUAUUCAUGUCAUUCUCCUUAGCUGUGGAAGCACUUCAUGCUUUCAUCCAAGAUGAAUCGGAGCACAAGCAUUAUUUGAUUGUUUCGGCAGUGACAAACCUAUUGGUGAAUCUUAUUGGCGUUUGGUUCUUUAGAAAUUAUGCUCGAAUCUUUUUUGUAUACAGGAAACCUGAAGAUAUGAAUUUUCAUUCAGUUUGUUUGCACGUUCUUGCAGAUUCCAUUCGCAGUGCAGGUUUGAUUUUGGCAUCCUGGUUUCUGUCUCUUGGGGUUAACAAUGCUGAAGUUUUGUGUUUGGGAUUAGUUUCUGGUGCAGUCUUCAUGCUUGUCAUGCCACUAUUUAAAGCAACUGGUGGUGUCUUGCUUCAGAUGGCGCCACCUAAUAUUCCAUCUUCUGCUUUGAGCAAAUGCUGGCGGCAGGUUACUUCUCAUGAAGAUGUUAUAGAAGUUUCUCAAGCUCGGUUUUGGGAACUAGUUCCUGGUCAUGUUGUUGGAUCCCUUUCACUUCAGGUGAAGAAAGAGAUGGAUGAUCGCCCAAUACUAGAGUAUGUGCAUAGUUUGUACCAUGAAUUGGGAAUACAUGAUUUGACAGUGCAAUCUGAUCAUGUUUGAACCUCAGGCCUUUUUCUUUUUCCCUAUUUUCAUUGGAUUUACGAGAUUGUUAUGGGGGAAAAGAACCUAAUAUUGGAGUCACUUUGUCAUCCCAAAUGGAUAGGCUACGAGUAGCGGAAAUUUUGAGUCUGCUUCUUGGGUUUAAAUUGCCCAUUUAGAGAAUAACAUUUUAUAGUAGUUUGUAUUAUUUCUAAAUUUCAUGGGGUUUCAUCUGCUGGAUUUUUUUUUUUUCAUCCUCAUAUAUGGAAUUUUAUAUUAGGUAAUUUACAACAAUCCUUCAAUCAUGGUUCAUUGAAGUUUACUUGUUUUUGCUUGUUUUGGAUCUUCCCCUGUUUACAUGCUUGCAAAUUGCAAUGUGUUUUAUCAUAUAUAUAUAUGUAUAUAUGUAUACAUAUAUACAUAUAUACAUAUAUAUAUAUAUAUAUAUGUGUGUGUGUGUGUGUAUUUACAACAAUCCUUCAAUCAUAGUUCAUUGAAGUUUACUUGUUUUUGCUUGUUUUGGAUCUUCCCCUGUUUACAUGCUUGCAAAUUGCAAUGUGUUUUAUCAUAUAUAUAUAUAUAUAUAUAUGUAUAUAUGUAUACAUA